AUGUUAAAAAAUGUCAUAAAUGUUACUUUAAAGAAACAUAGUGAUACUCGUUGGUCAUCAAAGAAACAACCCAUUUCAGCUUUGCAUACUAAUAUUAUCAGUAUUCCUAUGAUAUUAAAACAAAUGAGGGACACUACUAAUAUAAACUAUGACACUAUUGAUGGUUGCAAUCAAAUUUUACGUCUAAUAGAUCUAAAAUUUCUGUGCUUACUAAAUAUAUGGAAUAAAAUACUUACGCAUAUCGAUAAAACCAAUAACUCUUUGCAAACUAAAGAUAUUACAAUUGAUAUGGCAAGUAAAAUGUUAAACGGUUUGUAUAAUUCUAUUCAAGAAAUUCGUGAUAACAAUUUUGAGGAUUCAUUAAAAAAUGCAAAGAAUACUGCAUCGAAAUGGAACUGUCUAAUAGAACCCUAA